AUGAAUAAAUCAAUUAAAAAUGGUAUUAAAAUAACAGUCUCAAAAAAUGUUGAUUAUCAUGAUGUCAGAACUAUAUAUCUUCCAAUUCAUUUUAUGAUUAAAGAAAUGAUUCACCCAAAUACUUUAUACAAUAUUACUUUUUUAGAUAAAACAAACAAUAUUAAACUUUUAUCUACUAUUAUACUUGUAAAAAUUUUAAAUUAUAAUACUUGGAUAAGAAAUAAUCAUGCAAUUAUGAAUGUAACAUCAGCUUUUAAUGUCUUUGGUACAUUAAUACUUAACAAAUACACUAUUAAAAAACUUUAUAUUUCUAAAGAAAUAUUUUCUUGUACAAAAGUAUGCAAAAUUAAUAUGAUAAGAAUAUAUAAAAAAUCAUUAGAUAUACCUAUUGAAAAAACAAUUGAAAAUUUUCUUGAAAAAGAGACAUUUGUUAAAGAUCAAGAUAUUUUAUGUAUAAAAAAAGUAGAUUUAUAUAAUUUUGAAACUACUGGAGAAAAAAUAUUUUUUAAAGUUAACUUAGAUACAAAAUAUUCAUACUUAAAUUUAUCAACAACAAUGUAUCAACUUUAUAAUAUAAAUAAUAAAAUACCUGGUGGGUAUAGUUAUGAUAGUAAAUAUAAUAUAUUAAUUAAAUCAUUGAAAAAAAUUGUUAAAAAAAUAUGUAAAAUAUAUGAAUCAAACUUGAGGAUUGUACCAUCAUCAUCAUUAAUAUUAGCAUUGGUUGGGGUUGAAAAUUGUGGUCAAAGAGAAAUUAUUAGGAGAGUGUCUGAUUUGUUGUGUUAUCAAUUGAUAGAAUUGGAUAUUUACGACUUAUGGAAUUAUGAUAGUGAUUGUUUUGAUGUUAAAUUAUUUGAUAACUUUACAAAAGUACAUGAAUACACCCCAUGUAUAGUAACAAUAAAAAAUUGUGGUUUACUUGGAAAUAAAAAUGAAAAAAAUGAACAUGAUCUUUUUAUUAUACAAAAAUUAGUUGAAUUUUUAAAGUCACAAAAUAAUUCAAUAAUAAUUAUAUUUACUUUGACAUUUACAGAAUUUAAUAUUUUACCAACUUCCAUUAAAGGUUACUUUACCUAUGAAAUAAUUAUACCAACAAUAACAGAAGAGAUGCGUUAUGAAUUUUUUAAAAAUUAUUGUUCUAAUAAAAUGGCAACAUAUUUAUCUAAAAAAACAUUAGGAUAUUCAUAUAAUGAAUUAUAUCAACUUAUUGAUGAUAGUAUUUUUUUUAGAAACUUUGAUAGAAAUACUUUCCCUGAAAGAAACUUUUUAUUCAAACCUCAAAUUGAAGAUUUUGAUAAAGCUUUAGAAAAAAGAACUAAAUCAUUAAGUCAUUUCUUUAAUGGACCAACAAUUCCUAAUGUUAGAUGGAAAGAUAUUGGUGGAUUAGAGGAAACAAAAUUAAUACUUCAAGAAAGUUUAGGUAUUAAUAGAAAAAAUAAUAUAAAUGUAAGAAGAUCAGGUGUUGUAUUGUAUGGUCCACCAGGAUGUGGAAAAACUUUAAUAGCUAAAGCUGUGGCAAAUGAAUUUAAUAUUUCUUUUAUUUCUGUUAAGGGACCUGAAUUACUUAAUCAAUAUAUUGGGCAAAGUGAAGAAAAUAUUCGAAAACUUUUUGAAAAAGCUUAUCAUGCUUCACCAUGUAUAGUAUUUUUUGAUGAAAUGGAUUCACUAUGUCCUUCUCAAGGUCGUUCAUCUGACUCUGGAGGUGUUAUAGAUCGUGUUGUAUCACAAUUAUUAACAGAACUUGAUACAGUUAAUAAUACUCAAGAUUGUAAAGUUUUUGUUAUGGCUGCAACAAAUCGACCAGAUCUUUUAAAUCAAGCAUUACUUAGUCCUGGAAGGUUUGAUAAAACAAUACAUAUAAAAGCUGCUGAAGAUAUUGAAACAAAAGUUAAAGUCCUUGAAGCUGUCACAAGAAAAUUAAAGUUAUCUGAUGAUGUUGAGUUAAAAAAAGUUGCACAAAAAUGUCCGCGUUUGAUGUCGGGUGCUGAUAUUUAUAGUUUAAUGUCAAAUGCCGUUAUGGAAGCUGUUAGAGAAAAUAUAUAUUUACUUGAAAAUGAUAAAAUAAAUAAUAAAAAUUUAUUUGAUGAAAAAAAAUUAGAUUUAAUAGUAUCAAUGAAACAUAUAACAAAGUCAUUAGAGAUGUUCAAGAAUUCUCUUGCACCUUCAGAUCAUACUCAUAAAAAUGGCCUUCAAAAUACAAUUUAA